GCUCUAGGGAUAUUACCUGUGAUGGACUUGAGAUAAAACCACAAUACGCAGUUUCUCUCUAAUUAUGACCACUUAGGUGUUAGUUACGAGUGCAGUUUUGCGGGGCAUAAACUGCUCUAAUGGUCUUAAGUGUUUUUUACCAGCACCGGUUUUUAAUGUGUUUUAUGUGUUUGCGCUCAACAGUGAGGUAGACUUAUUCGGGCAAAUUUUACAGGAGUGUCGGCGUGUGAUUUAUCCCGUGGAUGCGGCUGUCGGGGUCGGUGUCUGAGCCCUGCAGGAGCAGCCUGUCAUAGGGCAUGAUGAUUUCUCUGGUUCUUCACAAGUGGAUGAGGAAUAUUUCACCGGAGAUGCUGCUGUUGGUGCAGAUAUUGUGGUUUUUACCUCUGACUGGAGCGGCUCCUUCUCUAACUACCGAGCAGCUGGACACAGGGGUGGACUGGCUGAGUAAGUUUGGCUACCUCCCUCCCCCAGACCCAGUGACUGGUCAGCUCCAGACCAAGGAGGCCCUGACCAAGGCCAUCAAAGCCAUGCAGAAGUACGGAGGACUAAAGGAGACCGGAGUCUUAGACCAAGCCACACUGGGUCUAAUGAAAACACCCAGAUGUUCCCUGCCAGAUGUUGCCGAGGCGGAGGUGACAAUGGGCCGCAGGAAACGAGGCUUGAACCCUCAGAACAAAUGGAGUAAGAGGCAUCUAUCCUGGAGAGUGAGGACGUUCCCCAAGGACUCUGCCAUACUGGGCAGGGACACAGUUAGAGCCCUGAUGUACUACGCCUUGAAGGUCUGGAGUGACAUUGCCCCACUUAACUUCCACGAGGUGGCCGGCAGUGAUGCAGACAUUCAGAUCGACUUCACUAAGGCCGACCACAAUGAUGGAUAUCCCUUCGAUGGGCCAGGGGGCACUGUGGCACAUGCAUUUUUCCCCGGAGAGAGGUUCACAGCUGGGGAUACACACUUUGAUGACGAUGAGGCCUGGACCUUCAGAUCUCCAGACUCUCACGGGAUGGAUCUGUUCGCGGUUGCAGUCCAUGAGUUCGGUCACGCCAUCGGCCUGGUCCACACCUCAGCCAUGGAGUCCAUCAUGAGACCGUACUACCAGGGUCCUGUAGGAGACCCUCUGAAAUACGACUUACCCUAUGAAGACAAGGUCCGCGUCUGGCAGCUCUACGGCGUCAGAGACUCAGUGUCCCACACCAACCGACCAGGCAACCCCUCUCAGACGGCUGAACCUCCUGUCCUGCUGGACCUUCCUGAAAACAGAUCUACUCUCAUGCUGGCACGAGAUGCCCCAGACAGAUGCACCAGUCACUUUGAUGCCGUGGCCCAAAUACGAGGAGAAGCCUUCUUUUUUAAAGGGAAGUACUUCUGGCGACUCACUCGGGAGAAGCACCUGGUGUCUCUUCGUCCAGCUCAGAUCAACCGCUUCUGGAGGGGCCUCCCUCCUAACCUGGACAGUGUGGAUGCUGUGUAUGAGAGGCCUGGAGACCACAAAAUAGUCUUUUUCAAAGGUCUAAAGUACUGGGUGUUUAAAGACAAUAACGUAGAAGAGGGCUACCCUCGUCCAAUCAGUGACUUUGGCCUGCCUUUGGAAGGAGUGGAUGCAGCGUUUGUUUGGCUGCACAACGACAAAACCUACUUCUUCAAAGACAACCACUACUGGCGCUACGAUGACCACCUGAGGCGUAUGGACCUGGGCUACCCUAAAGACAGCACGCUCUGGAAGGGGCUGCCGCCUCAACUGGACGACGCCAUGAGGUGGUCUGAUGGCUCGUCCUAUUUCUUCAAGGGGAAGGAGUACUGGCGAGUGCCGAGCAGUGACAUGGAAGUGGAGGCAGGAUACCCCCGCCUCAUCGCUAAAGACUGGCUGCUGUGCACCGAGAUGCAGUCGGACUCUCCGGACACAGAGCUCAAAAGCACGGAGACGAGAGUCAACGUGCACCAUCACCCAGACCACGCAGAGAACGGAUACGAGGUGUGUUCCUGCACCUCUGACAGCGCCUCGCCUUUAGGCGCCCGCCCCUCCCCGUCUCCCCUGUGGCUGCUGCCACCUCUCUGGACGCUCUCGCUGGCCCUCCGCUCUGAACUGCUAUGAUGCCAAAGCAUGGGACAAAGUUCUCAAGCUGGGUGCAAACAAACAGACUCUUUGGUGGAGGGCCAGUGGACAAAUACAGUCCAAAUACAAACUGGAACAUUUUGUUCAUAUAAAUAUCAAUUGGUAUGUUUUUGCUAUUAUUUUGCUGUUAUUUAUUUCACAUGUCAUUUAAUGGUCAUCUAAAGCGCCUUGCAGUAUGAGUAGUACAUACCGUUAUCAUUUAUCAUACUAGGGUAUAUCUAGUCGGCAUCAGUCCACUGACAAUGACAAUGCUAGUACUGUGCUUAACAAAUUGAGUUACACAGAACCAUAAGUUCUAUCUCUUAGUUUCUUCUUGAAUGGCUAAACCGUCUCAUCUUUGCAAAGAAGCUAACUGAGUGGGGUCAGAAAUAUGUUCACAUGAAAUACAACACCCAUCAUAAUUACUUUUUUGUGUUUACAGAGUUUCCAGCAAUAAUGAAUGGCAUCCUGGGAUGUGGGCAUGUCAGUGGGUAAAUGAUAUUCAGGGAUGUAGAUUUUCUACAGUUGAAUGGUAUCCUGAGAUAAUAAUAGGUAUUCAGGUGAGUAGAUUUGAAGAUUUUUACCUUAAAGGAAUAGUUCGACAUUUUGGGAAACUAAAUAUGCCAAGGCAGACCAAGAAAAUACUCUGGCCUCUUUGUAUUCCUUUAUAUCAAUCCCAAUUGUUUUGGGUGGCGCUAAGCCUAAUGCAGCGAUGGUGCCCCUGUAAAACAGAUAGCUCAGAUAGCAGAAGGGGAGGAGAAUGCCUUCUCAAAUAGAAGGUCAGUGACAGGAUUAAUCCAACAGUCCACAUCCAGUGAGGCAGACGAAAUGAAAAGAUCAAUACCACACAAGUCUGUCCUAACUACUUAGCUUAGCUUAACUUAGUUUAGCAUAGAUACUUAAAAUAAUGAAACAGCAAACCUGGCUCUGUCCAUGGUAACAAAAACUGAAAUGUAAAAAUGCACCUUUGUAGUUUUACAGGCAGUUAUGAGCUUCAUUCAGAGCCAGGUUGGCAGUUUGUUACUGUUUUCAAUCAUUAUGCUAAGCUAAGAUACCCAAUAUAGCCAUUAUUUAACCAGGUAAAUAAUCUCUUUUUCAAGAGAGACCUGGCCAAGAAGGCGGCAUGAAAUAAAAUAAGUACAACAUUAAACAAAGUUAUUACAAACAGAAAAUACAAAUACAGCCAUCACAACAACACUGUAACCUUAUAUCUCUCAUACAGAUAUGAGAAUGGUAUCAAUCAGUGGUAAACUGCUCUGCUCUUGCUAUGCUGUUGUUUUCUGAAGGGCAGAGCAGUCGCGGCCAACAAGGCAAACCCUUGGCAUGGAGCACUGCUUAAAAUUGUCACAUUGUCUACUAUUUCAACUUUGAUCUUGGUUGCCACUGCCCUUAAAAGCACAUACUUUUACAUUUAGUCUAGUAUCCUUUUUCCUGAUGUAUACCUGCGCUGCACUGCCUCAGCAAGUGUUCUGAGCCCUACCUCGCGGUGAGCAUAGUGCAAACUCCUGACUAUCUGAAGACAACUCUCUGCAAAAAAGCGUACUUCCCUUAAUGUCGAACUAUUGCUUUACAAUGUGCCUGGCGAGUAGAACUUCCUGCCAGGCUGCUUACUGCCUGCCAGCUCUCUACACCGACAUGUAUAACUGUAGGUCGGUCACAGUAAGGUUUUGGCCGUGGCUGAGGUUUGGACCCACCAAUCCUUCCAGAGAGAGACAGUAUUUCAACCUGACAGGAAGCUGCCUACAAGACUCAAACCCAGCGUAAAGAAUGGCACCUGGGACAUAGAUACUGCAGUUAGACAGGUGAAUGACACCGCGGCAUGUAUCUAGGAAGACAGGUGAAGAGUACCCUGAAAUGUAGUGGAGACAGAUAGUUAGCUUUACAGAUGAAUGGCCCCAUGGGAUGUUGACAGGGAGACAAAUGAAUGGCAUGCUGGGAUGUCGACAGGUAGAUGAAUGGCAUCCAGGGCUGUAAACAGGAAGACAGGUGGAUACAUGAAGAAAGGGCACACAGUGCUGUGGGAAGUAGGACAAAUGAAGACUUCCUGUAAGACCGAAAGUUAAGUUCCUCAGUGUAGCUUAACGACAUUAUCCUCCGCUUAAAUCCCUGACCUGUACUCCCACUCUGUUUGAGGAACUGCUGCUCAUGUAUCUCAUCAUUUUCAACUCCAGGACGGAAGCAUUCUCUGCCACUACCAGAGGCAGUAUUGGUUUUGUUGUAUUUUUGGUACUAAAUAUGGACAGAUUGUAAUUCCAUGUUGUUUUGAUCAGAUUAUAGUUCACAGAGAGUUUUUUCUUCUUCACCGCUGGGCGACUUCCUCCAUCGAUCCAAUUCCUUCUGGUGACAUCAUGAAGCAGACCUCACAAGAUAGCAACCGGAUUUAUUCUUGCUGAUAUAUUUACCUACAAUUUAAAUAUAGACACAGAUAUAUUUCAGUUGAGAUGUUCCAAGCAGGCUCUGUAUAUUUCAAGGUGUGUUUUCUAAUGUAAAAUAUUUUUGUAGAAAAAUAAACG